GCUUGGCCAAACUGAUGGCACCCACCCGUCCUUCCUCGCCUGUCUGGCAAGCUGGGGGGCUUGUCUUAGCAGAGACCAGUUAAACCGGGGCCAAUCUCAUCCAGUCCCUUUUCCUCAUCCCAGUUGUCCUCCAACUCCUUGCUCCUGAUAACUUCCACAUCCUCCUUUCCUUUUUGCACUUCUUCCUUUUUUUCUCCCCUCCGUCGUCGUCCUCUCCUCCUCCGCCUCUUCCCCCCUUCUCCUCCAUCCGUAUCCAGUCAUCCCGAGUCGCCGACAGCUCUUUCCAGACGGUCGCUUUACUAGUGCGCUCGACACCCCUGGAGAAGAACCGAACGAACGGGAGGGAAUAAGGAGGAGACUUUCGCUCGCUGGCUUGGCAGUAGCAAGUGCAAGACCAGAAACUAAAAGAGACCCCGAACAUAUAGAUAUUACAACCAAAGGACCGUUCCUCUUAUCUUUUGCGAUUGGGGGACCUUGUUUUGAUAUCUAAUGUCAUCUUUUUUUGUUUCACUUUUGUGAGUUUGCCGCUGCCAAAAAGGGAAGCAGAAAUAAAAUACAAGAAAACGCCAACUGCCGGCGCCCUUCGCAACCCACCCACCAAACCCACACCAAAUCAUCCAACCUCUUUCAAUAAAACGGACGGUCGACAGCAUUCCGAACUGGCAUUCUUCGGUCUCGACAGACAGCCAGGAAUCUACCGAUCAUCUACCCUCAGCUUCAUUCUUCGUCAGCCUGUUUAUCCCUUUCUCCGUGGCGGAGAGGAUUUGCGGGUCCGUUCGACAAAUCUUUUCUACCUGUGCCUAGCUGGUGCUGAGUGCAAGGUCGAAGAGCUUCGCGGAGGAACCUCGAGGGGCUUUAAAGAAGCAAAACCCACCAAUCCGCAUCAGUUUCGCAUUGAUUCAGGUCAUUGUGAAGCUAUUGCAACUCUCUGAGCGUCGAUUGAGGUCCAUGCCGGCAACCUCCAUCCACAAUCUCGCUCAUCAGUCGAAACCUUUUCUCCGUGGGACACGUUAACUCGUAGCUCCCACCUUCAGGAAUUGGUUCAUCUCAUCCCGUCUCUUUGAGAUCACCGUGGCGGAAUUCACCCAUCUCGGUCCCUUCUCAUAAACUGGCCCAGAUUCCCGGCCAUUCUCCUACUUAGUUUUUCAUUCUGGAUUCUCGUUCUGUUUCCACUUGUCUCGGCGUCCAGCCACUGUCACUCUUUUACGUCAACCCUAUGCAACACGCUCCUUUAAUAAUCUAAUAAUCGACCUUCCUUACCCAAGGUCAACUAAUCACAGCUCACUCGACGGCAUCACAAAAGUCGAUACUACAAUUACCACGUUUAUCAAAACGGCACUCUUUUUACCGACAUCAACGUCACCACACUCAUUCGACUGGACAAUACCUGGGACUACCCGCAAGCUUCGAUCUCUACAACCCUGAGCGACUCUGAACCGAGUUACUCUUCAAACACUCACCUCAAUCAUGGCUUAUCACCACCACAGCAGGGCCGACGGCACCUUCUUUGUCGAGUCGGACGAUAUAGCAAUGUCACGGAUGAGUGCCAGGGAGGCUGCCAAGAUUCUUGCAAGGAACAGGAGGGAGGUCAUCGGGAAUGAGCUUUCGCGGCUGGCCGGCGAAGAGUACCUGGAGGAUAUCAUGCAACACAUGAGACACAUGGAAGACGAGACCCUCCCAGAUGCUAGCCUCAUCGACAUGCAAAGAGAGAUCCAAUGGUUUAUGCGUCCCUACCUCAUCGACUUCCUCGUCGAGGCCCACGCUGCCUUCCAACUGUUGCCCGAGACAUUGUUCCUCACUGUCAACCUCUUGGACCGUUACUGCUCUAAAAGGGUCGUGUACAAGCAACACUACCAGCUUGUUGGCUGCGCUGCUCUGCUGAUCGCUGCCAAGUAUGGCGACAAGAAGGACCGUGUUCCCCAGAUCAACGAGCUCAACAACAUGUGCUGUGGACUUUAUGAUGCUGGCAUGUUCACCCAGAUGGAGAUGCAUGUUCUCAACACUCUCGAUUGGACCGUUGGUCACCCGACCGUCGACUUCUUCGCCCAACUCAUUGUCGCGGAGGAGAGGGACGACAAGGAGGUUGAGUACAUGGCUGCCUACAUCAGCGAGAUCUCGCUCUACUACCGUGACUUUGUCUCGACCAAGCCAUCGACCAUGGCGAGGGCUUCGCUGGCCCUGGCAAGGGCUAUUCUUGGCAGGCAAGAGGUCAACGAUGGUGAAUGGGACCACGACCAGAACGCUACCCUCGUGACGCUUUCGCAACACGUCCACCAGCCCUCUGUCACCUUGUCCCGGAAGUACGCAUCGACGCACUAUCUGCAAGUGUCUAACAAGCUGUCGGACUUCUUGGCCCACCAGGCUGCCAUCAACCGGGCUGCUGCGUUGCCCGAGAACCCACUCACCCCGACAACCAACGAGUUGAUGGCUGCCAAAGCCAACAUUUACAGCACUCCUCAGAAGGGACUGGGCUCGGUCCCUGGUGUCGCCGAUGGUUACCUGACCCCGCCAAUCACUCCCGACGGACAGUACGGAGCUCCGAAUCCGCAUGGCUUACCUCCUCGGUGCCCAGUCACUCCCACGCCGCAGCAUCAGCAGCAACAACAUCAACAGCAACAACGCUACUACCCCAACUGCUACCAACCAACGCAACAACAGCAGACCUCAAACCACGGCUCGUACUUAUGAGGACGCGGGUGCAUCGAAGAUGGAAAAUGGUUGGUGGCCUGAUGGCGUGCCAUCCAAACUUUCGAACCCAUACGAUACCUCGAGCUAUACCUCGACACAAUACACCAAUAAAUCUUCUCUUUUUUAAUCUAUCUGGAUACAUCACAGAUGGGAUAUCUCGGUUGUCAAGAAAAAAAGAUUGCAUACCCCCUUCAAAGGCUUUUGUUGAUAUCACGGUACAAAAUUUCACAUCAGCGUCAUGGCAUCUAGCGUUUCGUUUUUCCUUUAUUUCCUUUAUCUGGUUUUCACAAACUUCUUUGUUCGAUUCAUGAUAAAAUUGUUUUUUAUUUCUUUUUCUGUCCCCGCAGCUUUCGGAUCUUUCUAUGGCCGGCCACGUCUGCUGCCUAUUUCAUUUUCCUACUUCUCUUGAUGUGGUGGAGAACUAUAAUACCCGCACCACUCAUCUUUACAUUCUCAUUUGAUCAAUGACUUCAUUUGGCCGGCAAAGAAGCUCAACAACUUUUUUUUUUUUUUGCCAUAUCCAGCAGUGGUGGGCUCACAAAAGUGAGCAACCCUCUGCAUAAAAAUUUCUUUAUUGCGAAUAUCAAAACAGGAGGAGAAAGAUCAAGAAAAAACAUCCCGAGGAUCGGGGGGAAGCAAGGGAGUCCACCAUCCUAUCCUAUCCGUUGAACCGAAAGGACGCUCGAAAGAGGGAGCAAAGUCCUAGAGGAAAGGGCAAGCUGACAAUGGGAGCGUGACUUGGGAUUAGCAUUAGAGUCGACUUAGCGAUACCUGGAGCGGGUCGCAAGCGACAGUCGAAACCAAGCACGGCUCAAAGAUAGCCCCUACAACCCGACACCCUCUUGGAACUUGUCAGUCAACCAAUGAGGCAUAUAAGAUUUGUAAAUAAUUGGGACCACAAACAUGCAUCAAAUACACAAACAUUGCCUCAA